AUGGCAAACAACAAGUACCACUUGCAUCGUGCUCUACUGGUGGCCUUUGCCAUCGUGCAGUGCUUUCUAGGCUCAGGUGUUAUCUUUGGCUGGACGUCCCUCGUGCCGAUGCUGGAAAAAGAGCGGAUCUACAACGAGUUGUGUGGAAAAGCGAGCGAGACGGCAAUAGUUUGCAACGAGCAGAGCGAUCGUCUGCAGUACGCGUUCACUAUGGCAGUGUCCAGCAGCAUGUGGUCCAAUCUGCCGCUUGGUCUCGUCCUUGACAAAUUCGGACCUCGCGUGACAAAGGCCGUGUCGUUGGUACUGCUAAUUGCUGGGGCUUUGCUCGUGGGCAACGCGCACUAUAGGACGGAUGCUGCUGAACCUGACCUGCUGUUGUAUGGUAUGAUGCUGGUGGGGUUCUCGGGUCCCGGGAUCCAGCUCUCUUCGAUUCACGUGUCCAAUCUGUUUCCCGAAACAACAGCAAUCGUAGCGUGUUUCAUCGUCGGCGGUCUUCAAUUUAGCUUCUUCAUCUUCACGCUCUUGGACCUCGCGUACAUGCGCCUCGGUCUGUCCAUGACCGCGGUUUUUGCGAUAUACGCAGGCGUGUUGUUUCUUGCACUGGUCGGCACUCUGAUGACAGAGCCGGAUACGCCGUUUGACGCUGCCGCCAGUGUCGAACACGAGGUGCUCUCGCCGAUGCGUCCACCGCACGCGAUCAAGGAAGACGAGACGGCGCGACUGUUGUCGACACCAGAACUGGACACGUACUGCACACGGCAUCACUUGCCGGCUGACGAGCUCUUUUCCGACGGACAUCUGCGCCAUCGCUCGUUCCGGACGCAAGUGCUGUCCAAGCCAUUCCUGCUCAUCGUCUUCUUCUUCUCCAUUCAGUGCUUGUGGUGCAACGUCUUUCUCGGCAGCAUCACAGCAUUGUUGCGAUCGAAGGGGCUGACGGACACCACGAUUGACAGUCUGCUAUCAGCGCUGGCCAUCGUGUUGCCAGGCAGCGUCGUCUUCAUUCCGCUUGUCGGGUACCUCCUCGAAAUGUGCGGCUACACGUACUCGUCGUUGAUCUGCACCGCCGCCGCGCUAUCGUUUACUGCAAUGCUGACCAGCACGUCAACCGAAUGGAUCGUGGCGGGCUUUGUGACCUACGCGUUCUUCCGGACCGUCCUGUUCUCGCUGCUGUUUGCGUACGUGGGGCAUCGCUUCGGCUUCCAGCACUAUGGCGCGCUGUCGGGCACUGCAUUCUGCAUCGGCGGCGUCGUGGGACUCUUGCAGACGCCAAUUGCAGCGAUCGGCGACUUCCAGACCAUCGGAUAUCUCCAGGUGCGUAACUUUGGCUCCCUCGUGCUCACACUCGUGACGCCGUACUACGAGCGGCACUUUGAGCAGCACGUUGAGCAGCAACAGCAGUACCUGCAGCAGCUAUCGUCCGCCUCCUAUAUGAAUCACGAGCGGCACGAGACAAAGGGACAUGAGGACAGGCGAUAG